GGAAUUCACUGCCAUCUAACCAGGUUACAGUUUGCGACGAGUUGCAUCAUCACCUCCGUCGUCAUGACAACAAACACAACAGAGCACAAACGAAUUCUGGGUCCAGAUUUCCCAUCCCCAGCUAGAGUCAGCUGAACGUUGUCGCCCCUGACGGUAGGUGAACCUGAAAAAUGAGUCACAGCUCCCAGAUGGGUCAACACAAAGGGUAUUUCCACAAACUGGGUUUGAACAACCCUGUCGGUAUCCCACCUGUACGGGCUGUAAAGGUUCACGUGUUCACAUGAGAACGAUGAGAUAUUUAGACUUUCCAGUCGAUGCUUAGUGUGUUUGUAAGUCCACCCACGGUGAACAGUCAUUGCAGCAUGAAUCCAUCGAUGGGGAAACUGGUCCCACAUUUAAAAAAAAUAAUACAAUCUUCUGGGUUUCACACGUUUGAGGGGUAGGCUCAAAACGUAUCACAGUCAAGACCCAGCUGCUGCUCUAUUUCUGACAGUUUGGUGACAAGAAAAAGUGUCAGAAGAGAUAAAUAAUAGACAGGGCUCGCUUGCUUCUGAGUGUUUUAUUCUUUUAGCUCCUGAAAGUUUCUCAGGUGGUUUCACUUUCUUCGCCUCCAGCAAAACAAUCCUCAGCUGGCCGUUCAAAAUCAAAUCAAAUCUCUUUGUGUCAUGUCGUCGGUUGAUGGGUGUGAGAAAACGAAAUGAGGAUAUUGCGAGCAAGGAGGACACAAGAAGCAGCCAACAUUCAGCUGCGCAAUACUGAGACGCCUACCUCCGCCAUGCCGCGCUCGUUCCUCGUCAAGACCAAACGGACGCAUCCCCUCAGCCCGCCCAGGGACCACUGCUCUAGUCGGCAGGCUGAAACUGACGCCAAGGAUGGGAUCGGGCUUCCUGAAGACGCUCCACGAACUUUAUCCCCAGAGAUCAGAAACCCUCUGACUGAUGGACUGGCAAACUGCUCCUACAGAACCCCAACAGACAAGCUCUGGGCUUCAGCCCCUGUGGAGAAGGAAGACCGUCCCACGCCAGUCGCAUCAUGGUCGCCUGACCGACAAAAAUCUGACCGAGAGAGAGAACUGGAGAGGCUCGUCUUCUUGUUGCUCAACCACACGUCGCACACUGACCUCAAAUCACCGGUCAGGGAUUGUCCGCUCUGUGAAAAGUCUCUUUCAGAUAUCCUAAUGCCAGGGAGUCUGAGAGACCAAGUGUACCACACCCUCUCCAUCCCCUUGUCGAGAUCCCUGGCUGCUGCGGACAUUUCCCAUGUGCCCUUUGGUUUCCGAGCAGUUGGCAGCUAUAGCAGAGCAAAGGAGCGAAGCUUUGGCUGCAAAGUGUGUGGAAAAGUCUUCAAGCGCUCGUCCACCCUGUCCACUCACCUCCUCAUCCACUCCGACACGCGGCCUUACCCCUGCCAGUACUGCGGCAAGAGGUUUCACCAGAAGUCUGACAUGAAGAAACACACCUUCAUACACACAGGAGAGAAACCACACGUGUGCAAAGUGUGCGGUAAAGGAUUCAGCCAGAGCUCCAACCUCAUCACCCACAGCCGAAAGCACAACAGCUACCGGCCUUUCAGCUGCUCCCGCUGUCAGCUCACCUUCCAGCGCAGAGUGGAGCUACAGCGCCACCAUGAGACACAGUGCGGCUAUGGAGAGGUGUACAGCCAAAGCUGAGCACAUCGAGCUGAACUUUUUUUUGUACAUAACUUUGACAACCUGUGUAUAAUGUUUAAAUGAAUAUAAUGUGUACAUUUGUUUACAUGAAUAAAGUUUAAUGUGACUUCC